UCCCUCCCUCCCCCCGCCCUGCGUGCGCUGCCGGGAGCCGGGAUCGGCGGAUCCCAGCGCAACCCCCCCUAGCCCCUCCGGCUGCAGCAUCGCAGCCGCCCCGCCGGGGUGCUGCUCCGCAGAAUCGCCCGCCCGCUGCCCUCCGCGCCGGCGCCAGGCCGCCAGUGCAGGAGGGAGAUGCAGCUGCAGCCUUGAGCGGGUGCUGCCAGAACCGUCUGUGAUCCACCUCCACAAGCCCAGCACCAGCCAUGAGCCGCUUCUUCUCACGCCUGGACCCACGGCGGGUGCCAUGGGGGGCAGCGGGCCAUGCCCUGCGCACCCGCGUCCUGCGCACCAAGCCAGUGGAGUCAAUGCUGGAGGGCACAGGGACCACUGCCACCCAGGGUGCCAGGCUGGCUAAGGUGCUCACCACCCUUGACCUCAUCUCCCUUGGCGUCGGGAGCUGUGUGGGCACAGGCAUGUACGUAGUGUCUGGCCUGGUGGCCAAGGAGAUGGCAGGGCCCGGGGUCAUCGUUUCCUUCAUCAUCGCUGCUGUUGCCUCCAUCUUGUCAGGAGUUUGCUACGCUGAGUUUGGUGUGCGGGUCCCCAAGACCACGGGCUCUGCCUACACCUACAGCUAUGUGACAGUGGGGGAGUUUGUGGCAUUCUUCAUUGGCUGGAACCUCAUCCUGGAGUACCUGAUUGGCACGGCCGCAGGCGCCAGUGCCCUCAGCAGCAUGUUUGACUCGCUGGCCAACCACACCAUCAGCCGCUGGAUGAUCAACAGCGUCGGGACACUGAACGGACUAGGGAAAGGAGAGGAGUCGUACCCUGACCUUCUUGCUCUGGUCAUUGCUGUCAUUGUCACCAUCAUUGUAGCAAUAGGGGUGAAGAACUCAGUGGGGCUGAACAACGUGCUCAACGUCAUUAACCUGGCAGUCUGGAUCUUUAUCAUGAUCGCUGGUCUCUUCUAUAUUAAAAGUGACAACUGGGCUGAAGGGCAAUUCCUGCCAUUUGGAUGGCCGGGGGUGCUCAAAGGGGCUGCGACCUGUUUCUAUGCCUUCAUCGGCUUUGACAUCAUUGCUACCACGGGAGAAGAAGCAAAGAACCCCAACACCUCCAUCCCAUACGCCAUCACGGCCUCACUCGUCAUGUGUUUGACAGCAUAUGUGUCAGUGAGCAUCAUCCUCACACUGAUGGUGCCCUAUGAUGCCAUCGACACAGAGUCCCCACUGAUGGAAAUGUUUGUGGCUCACGGCUUCAACGCAGCCAAGUUCAUUGUUGCCAUUGGGUCUGUGGCUGGCCUGACUGUCAGCUUGCUGGGAUCCCUCUUCCCAAUGCCGAGAGUCAUUUAUGCCAUGGCUGGUGAUGGACUGCUCUUCAGAUUUUUGUCCCACGUCAGUUCUUACACGGAAACCCCUGUAGUGGCUUGUAUUGUCUCCGGAUUCCUCGCAGCACUGCUCUCCUUGCUGGUUAGCCUGCGGGACCUGAUAGAAAUGAUGUCCAUUGGCACGCUGCUUGCCUACACGCUGGUCUCCGUCUGUGUCCUGCUCCUCCGAUACCAGCCCGAGAGUGACAUUGAUGGCUUUGUCAAAUUCCUCUCUGAGGAGCACACCAAGAAGAAGGAGGGCAUCCUGGCCGACUGUGAGAAGGAGGCUUGCUCCCCGGGAAGUGAAGGAGAAGAGUUUGCUGGCCCACCGACCAACACGUGUGGAGCAAAAAAUCUCCCAUCACUGGGGGACAACGAGAUGCUAAUUGGGAAAUCUGAUAAAUCCACCUACAGCGUGAAUCAUCCCAAUUACGGUACAGUAGACAUGACCACAGGAAUAGAGGCGGAUGAGUCGGAGAACAUCUACCUCAUUAAGCUGAAGAAGUUGAUCGGCCCUCGCUACUACACGAUGCGGAUCCACCUCGGACUGCCAGGGAAAAUGGACCGCCCCACGGUGGCCACUGGCCACACAGUCACCACCUGCGUGCUCCUGCUCUUUGUCCUCAUGUUCAUCUUCUGCUCCUUCAUCAUUUUUGGGGCAGACUACAUCUACGAGCAGAGCUGGUGGGCUGUCCUCCUCGUCGUGCUGAUGAUCCUGCUCAUCAUUGUGCUGGUGUUUGUGAUCCUGCAGCAGCCAGAAAACCCCAAGAAGCUGCCCUACAUGGCACCUUGCCUGCCCUUUGUCCCUGCCUUUGCUAUGCUGGUGAAUAUCUAUCUCAUGCUGAAGCUCUCCACUGUCACGUGGAUCCGAUUUGCCGUAUGGUGUUUUGUGGGUCUGCUCAUAUACUUUGGCUAUGGGAUGUGGAACAGCACGCUGGAGAUCAGCGCUCGGGAGGAGGCGCUCCACCAGAGCACCUAUCAGCGCUAUGAUGUGGAUGUCGACCCCUUCUCUGUGGAUGACGGCUUCUCCUAUGCCACUGAGGGUGAGGGCUUCCCAGGCUGGGGUCCCUCUGAGGACAAGGGCUUCUCGUACCAGCAAAUGGCAGGAGCAAAGGAAAGCCAUCGGACGAGUGGCAGGUCGAAAAGCAAAGGCAGGCACAAACAGCCGUCGGAGGCUCUUAUCGCCAACGAUGAGUUGGACUACUCACCCGAAUAGCAGGGUGGACAGCGGGGUGCCAUGCUGCCCAGCCAAUGAGGAAGGGUCCCCACGGUUCAACCAUCCUGUCCCACUAUCCCCGGGUCCUCCACCACCCCCCUUGCUCACCUCUGGUCCUUGGGACACUCUCUGCGAUUGCCAUUGGCCCCAAAUCAACACACUUGUGGCCUGUCCUGGCUCCUUUUGGUGAGGUCUCGCUUUGGUGAAUGCCAGCUGCUCCUCUGGCACUGGCUGAUCUUCCAGCACCAGCCGUGCCACGGAGGCAGUGAAGUGGGAGAUGUGCCAAACUGGGUGGAUGUUGAGAGGUGGACACACGAGGGGACAAGUCCCUGGGAAAUGUCCACCCGGUGGCUGCAGCAGUGGGAUGCUUCUCUUACAUUUUUGGCACUUUCUUAGCACAUGUUUUUUUUUCUUUGAACCACCUAAAAGUAAUAGCUGAGCCAAUGGGACAGAUAGGUAGGUAAGUGCAGAAUGGAGAUGGACAAGCCCAUUUCAAGGAAGCUGCUCAGAGAUGGACCCAGGGAUGCUGGUCCUACAUCACACAGCGUUUCCAUAGCCUGUUCUCUGCAAAGUGCACACCGCAGUGUUAUUCCCGAACCCAAGUCCCCCAGAUACUGUCAUCCAAAAUUGGUCCACGUCUCAAUCAAACCUUGAAGUCACAGCACAGCCAAACACCCCAAAUGUGUGGCUGGGAGCCUAGUCCCAUAUCUGGUCACAGUGAUGGCUGUGACACACUCUUGGCUCAAUCCACCUUGUGUGAAUGGCCAGCAAGGACCAGACGCCAAUUCUCUGAGCAUCACCAGGCUGAGGCUGGGUGCUGUUUCCACCGUAUCGUGUCUUUUACAGAAAUGACUGUGCCGUAAUCCCCUUGCUGCAGUGGGCACAUUUUAGCGCUCGCUCUGGCUUCAGUGCUUCAGGGGAUGCACCUGUGCCCCUGCAAAGUAGCAGUGUCCAUGGGUCAGCCACACCUUGGCAGGGUGGGCCACGUAUGGCAAGCAGAGGGGACUUGGCCGCUGAAAUCCCUGCUGCUGUCUCCACCUUGUACCAUUUUCUCUGUUUCUGACCCUGUCUUGAUGGAUUCUGUAUGAAAAAAACACUGAAACACUGCGCAUUCUAUAAGUGUCUGUAUUUCAACUUGUAACCAAACAGAGCUGGUGGCUCGUGGUGCAGAGGUGGUCAGCACAUGGAUGUUUCUCAUAGUUAAACCCCCCAGUACAGCUUAAGGAUGGCCAUGAUUCCCAGAAGUGCCAUCAGGUUCUCUGCCACCAGUGUCCCCACAGCACCAUUGAUGGUGACGGUGCUUGGUUGCAGGC